AUGCUCGUGUCGAUCGGAAUACCCCCUUACGUCCUAUGCGGCGCUGCCCUCGCUUUGGCUGCGUCGUUGUUUUGGUUCUACAGGACAUUCUUCAACUCUACAUCGACGACACUUGCAAAUGUCCCACUCCUCACCAAGCAGCCCGAUCUCCCCCAAGGAUGGUGGACAGAUUCUGAAAGAUUCAAAACCGAGAAGCGUGCGAUAUUUAGCCAGACUUGGAUCUGCGUGAGCCAUCGCAGUCGCUUCGUCAAGGCCGGGGACUACAUCGCCUUUGAUAUUGCGGGCUUCCGUGUCCUCCUCAUGCUGGGAAAGGACGGGACCGUACGAGCAUUCCACAAUAUUUGCCGCCAUCGUGCUUUUCCCGUGGCCAAGAAGGCAUCUGGAUCUUCGACUGUGCUCGGUUGCCGAUACCAUGGAUGGAGCUACGAUACAAAGGGCCAGCUCACAAAAGCGCCUCAUUUCGACAAUGUCCCUGGUUUUGAAAAGAGCCAAAACGGACUCUUCCCUAUCCACACGAGAGUUGAUGAUGGUGGAUUCCUUCACAUCAACAUGAGUGCGAGUGAACCAGCUGGAGACGAGCUGUCACAUAUGAAAAAGACUUCUCAACUUGCCGGUAUCACUCAAAGCUCUCACUUUAUUAACAGCUGGGAAGUACAGGGAAACUUCAACUGGAAAGUAAUAGCCAAUGACACCCAACAUACCUUUCAAACACCUGCAACGGAGGGUGUCUCUCGUCUCUUCUCUGCCAAAGACUCCGUGUCUACAGGCCAGCAGCGUCUUGGACCGCUGACUACUGUAUCUCCAAAGCCUGGUAGUCCAAUCUGGUACCAGGUAACAUACUCUCCAGACUCUGUCGGGCAGACAACGGUACGAUGCGACGUAUACUCGACCAAGAAGCCUGAUGCACAUGCUUUUGAUAGCGGUGCAAAGGCUAGUUUGGAGGAUCAAAUUCAAGCCAUGGUCCAUCAACACGAAGGCAUUUACACCAAGCUCACCGGCCCAGACUUUGACGCGCUUGGUGGUGGAUAUGAGCAGGCCAAGAUUGCUGACAUGGUCGACGCGCAUCUUGAGAAGGAAAAGCUUCAAGGGCAAGACAUCAAACCAGCUACCAUCCAGCAAUGCAGAAGCGCAGCAUACAUGCAAGCUGAAGGAAUCUGUCGAGCAAUGGAGUGUGGUAGUGAAAAGCUGGCUUGGUGA